CCGUGUCGCAUCUUCAGUAGAAUUGUCGCCGGCGCAUACCUCUCCAACGACAAUUCGCAACUACGAUGGCCGAUCAACCUCAUUUCGCGGUGCGCGGAAGUGCCUCCUACAACAAGACCCUCGGCAUUACCCAGCGCGCCACUCCACUCUCUGCGGCUUGGACGGGCGAUCUUCGCGCGAGGUUCUCCGACUUUCAAGUAAAUGAAAUCAGGGAAGAUGGAACAGUUCUCCAUCUGAAGACUGUGGGAUUGGGUGAUGAUGAGACACAGCAGACAACCGAGGCCAAGCGGGAGUCCAAUUCUGAGGCAGCGAAAGAGGGAGCCAAGCAAGAAACUGGAAAGCAGGAGGAGAAUAAAGAAGCGGCGAGCAAUGGCAAUGGAGCAGCCACCCCCGCCCAGCCUGAGCAACCGCGAGAGGUCUCGCCCGAAGAUGUGGCUGCCCUCGAGGCUCUUACCGACGCGAACUUCACAAAGGAGGUCGUAGAGCUGUACAAGGCCGGUGCUGCGGCUGAUCACGAGAAGAAGAAGUCAGUCACUUCGCAGCCCAUAGAGGACAGACCUAAGCGAGGCCAAAUCCACCAGGAGAUUCGACGCAUCUUCAAGUCUCAGAUCGACACCAACACAGGCGACUCAGGAGCCAUCAUCGCCAGCUUCGUACCACCACGAAAGCCAAACAACAGGAAGAGCCGAGGUGCUCGCGGAAACCGUGGCAACCGCGAGGACAGGCCCACGGGUGAAUACCUCCACUUUACCCUGUUCAAGGAGAACCGAGACACCAUGGAUGCCGUGAACCAGGUUUCGCGAUUCCUCAAGGCCAAGCCCCAGUCUAUUGCAUACGCCGGAACAAAAGACCGCAGAGCUUCAACUGUGCAGCGAUGCUCAGUGCGCUAUAUGCGUUCGAGAAACCUCGCUGGUAUCAAUGGCCGGUUGUGGGGUGUCUCCACUGGGGACUAUGAGUACCACGACAAGCCAGUGUACCUGGGCCAGCUCUUGGGCAACGAGUUCGUCAUUGCCAUCAAGAACUGUGAGAUGGUUGGCGAAUCCAAGGAUGAGCCUUUGUCUCAGAGAGUAGAGAAGCUGAAGACCAACGUCGAGUCUGCCAUUACUCACAUGGGUGAACAUGGCUGGAUCAACUACUUUGGUCACCAGAGAUUCGGCACACACGAGAUCGGCACGCACGACAUUGGAAAGCUGAUCCUCAGUGAAAAGUACGAAGAGGCAGUCAAGUCACUGCUUCACUACGACGAGGAGAUCGCCGCCAAGGCCGAGGCGGGAGAAGUUCCCGAGGAAGCAUCCAAGAGGGACGACUAUGCUCGUAACCAGGCUUGUAUGCUAUUCCUGACGGGCAAGGACGUCGACAAAGCCCUUAGGAUCAUGCCCAGACGCUUCGCUGCCGAGAGCUGCAUUCUCCGCCACCUAAACCGCCAAGGCGCCCAGUCCCGAAAGGACUUCGUCGGCGCGCUCAUCCACAUCACCCGCGGCCUGCGCUCCAUGUACCUCCACGCGCUCCAGUCCUACAUCUGGAACCACGCCGCCAGCAAGCGCUGGGAGCUCCACGGCGAGACGGUCGUCAAGGGCGACCUCGUCAUCUCCCAAGUCGACGCCACGCCUCUCGUCAGCGGCCAGGACCAGGACGGCGACGACAUCGUCAACCCUACCGAGGACGACGACGAGGCCCCCGUGCGCGCCCGGCCCCUCACCGCCGAGGAGGCUGCGAGCGGGCAGUUCACCGUCUACGAUGUCGUGCUUCCUACGCCGGGGUACGACGUCGUGUACCCGGACAACGAGAUGGGCACCUUCUACGAGGAGUUCAUGGGCGCCGAGGAGAACGGCGGGCUCGACCCUCACAAGAUGCGCCGCAUGCGCCGCGAGUUCAGCCUCCCCGGCCGGUACCGCAAGAUCAUGAACCGCUUCCUGGCACCGCCGUCGGUCGAGGUCCGCGCUUACGCCGACGACACGGAGCAGAUGCACCCGACCGACUUGGACACCAUCAAGGCGACGUCCAAGAGCGACGGCCACGGUGGCAAGCGCCGCCGCGAGGAUGCCAACGACGACCAGACCGCUAAGAAGCCCAAGGUGGAGGGCGCCUCAGCACCAGCCACUGUCGACGUCGAGAUGACGGAGGCGGACGGAUCUAAGGAGGCGCCUUUGACGGCGGAGGUUGCAACCACCGUCUCUUCCGCACCGGAGCCAACAAAGGUUGCGGUGGUGGUCAAGUUCCAGCUCGGCCGCAGCGCGUACGCCACAGUUGCGCUGCGAGAUCUUAUGGGCGACACCCCGGAGGAGCCGGUCGCGGCUUGAGUCGUGCAAGAGUAGUCACGAAUGGGUGAGAUGACGUCUAGGGCGUUGCACAAGCACAGGUGGUGGAGAAAU